CUUAAUUUGUCUGACUUCAUGUUGCACAUCAGCUUCCUUCCUUCCUGUUGAGAUGGAGGUUUAAAUCCUCCACACACUCCGCACUGCUCACACUCAUCCUCUCAUCAUCAUGGCUGAAGUUCUUCACCUCUCUCUCCGUCUCGUCCUCCUUCUGUCCUCACUCACCCUCUCGAUGACGGGGGAUCCGUUCCCUGACAUCACAGACCAAGACUUCAUCCACAGCUGUGUGAGCGCACACAAUCACGCGCGCAGCAACGUCAUCCCUCCUGCUAGCUUCAUGCGCUACAUGACAUGGGAUAAUGGCCUGGCAGUCCUGGCGAAGACAUGGGGGACAAACUGUCUCUUUCAACACAAUAGUGUUCGAGAUCAUCCAGGCUUUGCCUCAGUGGGGGAGAAUCUCUGGGCCGGAGCUCCACCCAGUGUGUUCAGUGUGACUUCAGCCAUUAAUAAUUGGGUCAAUGAGGAUAAAGACUACACUUAUUACACACGUACCUGUAAGGCAGGAAAGAUGUGCGGCCAUUACACACAGGUGGUUUGGGCAACGACCUAUAAAGUGGGCUGUGCUGUGAUCUCCUGUCCGAACGGGGUGAAGCAGACGAGCUUCUCACAAACACCAGGAGCCAUAUUUGUCUGUAACUAUGCAACAGCAGGGAACUACCCAAAUGUAUAUCCGUACGAACAAGGAGAGUCCUGCAGCAAGUGUGGAGGAGAAGUGUGUGAGAACAAUCUCUGCAAGAACUACACCCGAGACGGGGACGCCGAACUGCGUGUGUGUGGUGUGUUCUGCAAAUCUGUGCUGAUCAUCAGACCCGUGUCUCUGGUGUUUAUUUUCAUAAGUGUGUAUGUAGCGCAGCGCCGCUGUCCCAACAUCUUUGCCUACAUAAACUAACAUUUACCUGUAAUUUCUCAAUUAAAAAAAAUAAA